AUGAUUCGAACUCGACGAGCGGCCGUGUGUGUUUGCCGAGGCCGAUGGUCUAGCCAGCAGCAGCAGUCAAGCCGACCGAGACGUCGUCUGAGCACAGCUGCCGAUGCGCUGAUGAGCAUCAGUCACGGCCCGACAGAGCCGCCGCUUCUGCGCCAGACGAUUCCGGAGCACUUUGCGUCCAUCGUGGCGCGCUAUGCCGACCGGCCGGCACUGAUUGCACGGACGCCGCCGACGACGACGACGACGACGACAGCCGCCGAGCCACCAGGCGAGACCGUCUACACGUACGGUGCUCUGGACGUGGUGUCGGACCGACUGGCCCGCGGACUGCGCGACGAGUGCGGCGUGCGGCGUGGCGACCGCGUGGCCGUCAGUCUGGGCAACGGACCUGAGUUUGCCGUCCUGACGUAUGCCAUCUACAAGCUGGGUGCCGUCCUGGUGCCGCUCAAUCCGGCCUUUACGGCCCAGCAGAUCGCAGCCGCUCUGUCGCACCUCGACGUCCGCCUGCUCGUGGUCCAGGCCGUCACCGACCGCGCCUAUAAGCCCGGACGUGGCCGCAGCAACGUCGGUCUGCUGGCCGACCUGCUGACCCGUCUUGACGUUCCCGCUGUCGCCAGCACGGCCGUGCCCUCGCUCGAACACGUCGUUCUCGUCGACAACACCGCCGACCACCCGGCCGUGGCUGCUGCCGGCGACUUUGCCCAGCCGCAGACCCGUCUGGCCGCUCUCACUCCCUUUUCUCGCCUUCUCGGCGGCGGCUCCCUCCGGCGGCCGGACCUGCUUCACGAUCAGCAACGACACAAACAUCGGCCUGGUACGCUAGCCCCUGAUCUCGUGACCGGCCCACGACUCCACCCCGAUGACGUAAUCAAUAUACAGUUCACGUCCGGCACGACAGCACACCCCAAGGCGGCGAUGUUGUCGCACCGGGCCCUGCUGAACAAUGGGGCGCUGAUCGGCCACCGCAUGGGGCUGCGGCCAACCGACCGGGUCGUCUGUCCGCCGCCGCUCUUCCACUGCUUCGGCGCCGUCCUGGGAUACAUGGCCACGGCCACGACCGGUGCCGCUCUGCUGCUGCCGUCGCCGGCCUUUGACCCGGUUGCCGCUCUGCAGAUGGCGGCCGAGCACCGGGCUACCGCGCUGUAUGGUGUCUCGACCAUGUUCGUCGCCAUGCUGGAGCGGCUGGACGGACACGAGCACGGACCCGUCCUCACGCCCGAGGCUGUCCGCCAGCUGCCUCUUCAUCUGCACACCGGCAUAGCUGCCGGCUCGUCUGUGCCCGAGGCUCUGAUGCACCGUCUCGCCACCAAGCUGGGUCUGCGUGACCUCGUCAUCGGCUAUGGCAUGACCGAGACGGCUCCCGUCAGCAUCAUGACCGCACCCGAGGAUCCGCUAACGAAGCGCUCUAGCACCUGUGGCCGUGUGAUACCGCACACUGCCGUGCGCAUCGUCGACCCGCACGAUCAUCAUCGCGUGCUGCCGCGCGGUGUCGCCGGCGAGAUCGCCGUCAGCGGCUACCUGCUCAUGGACGGCUACUAUGGCGAGCCCGCUGCCACUGCUGAUGCCGUCGUCACCGACACGCCCUCUGGCCCCCGCUGGAUGCUCUCAGGCGACGAGGGCGUCAUGGACCCCGACGGCUUCGUCGCCGUCACCGGCCGCAUCAAGGACCUCGUCAUCCGUGGCGGCGAGAACAUCCACCCGCUCGAAAUCGAAAACUGCCUCUUCGCCCACCCUCUCAUCGCCGACGUUGCCGUCAUCGGCCUGCCCGACGCUCGCUAUGGUGAGGCUGUUGCUGCCGUCGUCGUGCCCCAUGGCGGGGUCCAUGUCACCGGCGGCCUUCGUCUUGCUCCUCUGCACGGCUCGAACACCCGGGAUGACCUCAACGUGCCCACCCUCUCGGCCGACGACGUCCGCUCUUGGGCGCGCAAUCACCUGAGCGAUCAUCUUGUGCCUAAACACGUCUUCUGGAUCACUGAGUACCCCAAGACGUCUAGUGGCAAGAUCCAGAAGUUUAAGCUGCGCGCCAUGGCCAGGGAGGUGCUGGGGGACACUGUUUGA